CAGUGCACUUUGUUGGGUGUUUUUUGUGCUUGCUUUCCAUUUCUUUUUGCUUCUACCUUUGAUGCUGUAUGUGGACAAUUGAACUUUUAAAUACUCCAAAGUGAUUUUUAGCGCAUUUUCUUUCAUAUCUGUAUAUUUUUUAUAAGUAAUUUCCUUUUUUUGCCAAUGCUUGUCACGAACAAACAAUUGGGUCUUGGACGCUCCCACAGCUGGGACACAUUAGGGGGGAAUGAGGGUCAGUGGGAGAGGCAGUGUGACAGUGCGUAUGAUCAGCAAGCAAGAUUAGCAGGGCGACGGAACUCCCUGUCAUACAGCGAGGGAGGAGGGUGGUACGAGGCUCCACCGGGUGUGCGUCCUCCUGACCUGGAUUUGAAACGUGCUUCAUAUUCUCACCAAGACUCUUCCUACGGACAGGUUUACACAGAGCGGCUCGACCCACGCGGACUCAGGAAGAGCUCUGUGCCAGACAUUGGCCACUACGAACGCGUACCAAUGGCUCACCGAGGAUCCAUUCCACAUCAAGAUUACUAUUCUCAUGAUCCAGCCAUGACUCCUCGGCCACCUGAGGGCUUUUACAGGUCAGACCACCAGCCUCCUCCACCUCAGCCUCAUCAACUCAGUAGGUCAGGCUCCCAUUUUGGAAUAGCUCCUGGGGCUCGUGCUGUGUGGGAACAAGGUCAGCCAGGCAGAACUGGACCUCAAGCUCCUUCAUCACCUCUGCCUCAGCCACCACCUCCAACAGCCCAUGAGUUAAGUCGGACUUACAGAGAACCUGGGACUAUAACUGUUGCCAAGAUUAUGCAAGAUGGCCAACAGCGCUUACCUACCAGAGAUCCAUCUCCUGCUCACUACGGUAUGGAUCAUCCAUCUCCUAGAUAUGCCAAUGAGCCUCCCACUCUGACUGGGCAAUCAGUUUAUACAGAUGUUGAUGGACGCCCUCUGGAUUCACAGCAGCAAGUUGCCACCUGUCUCGUAGUAGAUCCAGCUACUCAAGGUAUGGUGAGGCAAGAAACGGCUUUGCCUUACACCAUUCAACAACAUCAGCAGCUGCAACACCAACAACAGCUGCAUCAACAACAGCAACAACUCCAACAGCAGCAAUUACAACAGCAACAACUCCAACAGCAGCAAUUACAACAGCAACAACUCCAACAGCAACAAUUACAACAGCAGCAACUUCAGCAGCAACAGUUGCAACAACAGCAACUUCAACAGCAACAACAGCAACUUCAACAGCAGCAGCUACAGCAGCAGCAACUGCAACAGCAGCCAUUUCAACAACAGCAAUUACAGCACCAACCACUUCAACAGCAGCCUUUACAGCAACAGCAGCUUCAACAGGAACAGUUGCAGCCGCAUCUGCAACAGCCGCUUCCGCCUCCACCCACCAUACCAGUGUCUGAUCCUAACCUUGCUCUGUCCUCUCCACUCCCAGCUCCACCUGCUCCAAUGCAAACUGCAGCAGUUGUUGCAGCUGUGCAUGCACCUGUUCAGACUGCCCCUACCCCAGCCCCCCCUCCUCCAGCCUCACCAGUUCCUGCUCCUCCUUCUGUGCCUCCUGCAUCAAUCCCACAGACACCUUUGCCUGUGGACCCCAAGAAGACAGUGGAUCCAGAAUUCCUUUCUUUGCUGCGAAAUGAAGGCCUCUCAGAGAGCACAAUUUCUUCACUCAUCCAGCAAGGCUUUGACUCUAGUAGCUUGUUGACUGUUAUGGAGGAAAAUGACGUCCGCACUGUCGCCCCCAACCUUGGCCAGGCUCGUGUACUGUCUCGGCUGGUUCAUAACUACAAGCGGCCAAUUGAAGCUACACCAGUCCCAUCCCGGCCUCAAACACCCAUGCGAGGUCGAUCUAAUAGCUUUAGCCAUCGCUCAGACAUGUACCAGCAACAACAUCACCACCAUCCAUCACACCUUUCUCAGGCUUUGGUUGUUGAUCCUCAGUUAAUGCCUCCAUCAACCCCUGGGGUCAUGCAAACCAUUUCACCAAGAAUGGGAGAAGUAGUUAGUCGGAGGCCAAGCAGUGCACCCUCUCAAAACCUCCUUGAAGCCACAGGGGGCUACCCAGGCCAACCACCUCGUUCCCCUGGGCCAUACACUGGAGCCCUUAUGCCUGUCCAGCCAAGACCAAUGUCUGCCUACUCCGCUGGGGUAACAAUGCCUGGGAUGUCUAUGCAGGGCAUGCAGAUAAUGCCACAGCAGAUGGCUGGGUCAAUGCCUGCCCUACCAGGAUCUACUCAUUCUAUGUCAGGUAUGCCACAGCACAUGCCUGUAUCAUUGCCAGCGUUACAACAGCCUCCCCAACAAGUACCGAAGGCAUAUUCUACCAAUUAUACAGUCCCUAUGGAGCUGAUGAAGAGGGACCGGAGUUUACUGCCAUUAUCACCCAUGCAUAGCCCUCACCCAAGCCCUCAGCUGAUACGUAAGGGUGGGGGUCCUUCAGUAGACAAUGCCAUGAUCCCAGUUGGAGCACCUGUUAAAGGCCAAAGUGCGCUGACUGCUAACCAGAAGUUAAGCCGACGCACGGGUCCUCCUGUCAUUGUGUCCACCAUGGCAUCUCCAGACAUAAGAGAUGGAGGUAUUUUCCAGGCUGAUAAUGAACUCUGCAGGGGUGUGAUGAUGAGACACGGGGAGAGCUGGGGAGCUACAGGUGUGUUCGGUAUCCGGCCCCAGAUUAUGAAUGGGCCUAUGCACCCGCGCCCCCUGGUGGCGCUGCUGGAUGGGCGCGACUGCACCGUGGAGAUGCCCAUCCUCAAAGACCUGGCCACCGUGGCUUUCUGUGACGCCCAGUCCACACAGGAGAUACAUGAAAAGGUGCUGAACGAGGCGGUGGGGGCCAUGAUGUACCACACCAUCACCCUGACCAGAGAGGACCUGGAGAAGUUCAAGGCGCUGCGCAUCAUCAUACGCAUAGGCAGCGGCUAUGACAACAUCGACAUCAAGGCUGCCGGCGAGCUCGGCAUUGCUGUGUGUAACAUUCCCUCCGCGGCCGUAGAAGAGACAGCAGACUCGACGCUUUGUCACAUCCUCAACCUGUACCGGCGAAACACCUGGCUGUACCAGGCUCUCCGGGAGGGCACGCGGGUCCAGAGCGUGGAGCAGAUCCGGGAGGUGGCGUCCGGGGCGGCCAGGAUCCGAGGCGAGACGCUCGGCCUCAUCGGAUUUGGUCGCACAGGCCAGGCGGUGGCCAUGCGGGCCAAGGCGUUCGGCUUCAACGUGAUCUUCUACGACCCCUACCUGCAGGACGGCUUGGAGCGCUCGCUCGGAGUCCAGCGGGUCUACACGCUGCAGGAUCUGCUGUACCAGAGCGACUGCGUGUCCCUGCACUGCAACCUGAAUGAACACAACCACCACCUCAUCAACGACUUCACCAUCAAACAGAUGCGCCAAGGUGCUUUCCUGGUCAACACGGCACGGGGAGGUCUCGUGGAUGAGAAGGCUCUGGCUCAGGCCCUGAAAGAAGGCAGGAUACGCGGCGCUGCGAUGGAUGUCCACGAGUCGGAGCCUUUCAGUUUUUCCCAGGGCGCUCUCAAAGACGCCCCCAACUUGAUCUGUACCCCGCACACCGCCUGGUACAGCGAGCAGGCGUCGCUGGAGAUGAGAGAGGCCGCUGCCACGGAAAUCCGCCGGGCGAUCACUGGUCGUAUUCCCGACAGCCUGCGAAACUGCGUCAAUAAAGAGUUCUUCAUGACCACGGCGCCGUGGGGAAUGAUGGAGCAGCAGCAGCCUCAGGUUCACCCAGAGAUCAACGGGGCUGCCUACAGAUUCCCUCCUGGCGUGAUGGGCGUCGCUCCCGGCGGGAUAAUCGGACCUAUGGAAGGAUUGGUGCCUGGGGGGCUGCCCAUCGCCCACACUCUGCCCCCGGGCACCCAUCCGUCACAGGCUGCCUCCCCGCACCAACCCUCCAAACACGGCGACCCCAUGAGAGAGCACAUGACUGAGCCGUAGUAGGACCGCCGCAGGAGUCAAUGCGGGUCAUGACAGCAGUGUAAAAACUAAGGAUCCGACCAAGUCAACCCAUCCAAACGUAAGCUUGACUUCAGCCAUCUGGACCUACCAGCAAACUGCCUGCCGGGCUAAUGUGUUACACACAGUUUUGUUUUUUGUAUGAAACCACUAAACCCAAGUGAGGACAGUGGAGGAUGGUGCACACCUGAGCUGCCACACCAAGAUGGGACUGAGCGACUGUCAAACUCCUGUGCAGAUGAUCCAAACUCUCUCCCUGUUUCAGAUCUGAUUUUUGCUCCUCACUGAACUAAGUGACGUUUUUCUUUCUAUAUUCACCAUUCCGUAUGUAUUAGGGAGGUUUUUCGUCUGACAUCUGGGACUUGUUACCAGGAACUAAAGGCUGCAGGGAAACCUGACCCCCGUCCUCCCUGGUUUAAAGGAGGACCUUGUCAAGCCCAAUUUUAUCCCUUUGAUUUCCCCCCCUUCCCCCCUAAUUUCUGCACAAAAGUGUCCGGUGUUACUUAGUUGUUGUUGUUUUUUUUUUUUUACUUCAUUCUGUUUGAUUUGUUUUCAGUGCUUCUGUUGAAAAUCAGUAUCUGUUUUUUUGUUGUUUGUUUUCUGUUAUUCAGUGUAUGAACGUUAAAGGGUUUACAGGCAUGUUUGGCAGACAGGAAAAGUCAGGAGUUUCUUAGAUCUGAACUCUAAUUUUGCCCGUUUCUCUUUAUGAAGGGUUGUGUUCCAAGAAUGUAAAAAAAAAAAAAAAAAAUACAAAAAAAAAAAUGGAAAAAUAGGAGAAAAUAAAUGUGGGCUAAUAUUUGGAUUUGUGAGGUAGGAAUAACCCUUUUUAAACCAAAAAAAUGAACUAAAUAAAACAAAAAUAGAAACACAAACAAUUGGGAAAUAUUAUCAAAGUGAGCUGCAAUCUUUCAAAGUACCUCGGAUAUUUGUUUGUUAUGAACACAAUAUUAUCUGUUGGUGUCCAAAGGACCUGAUUUGCAUGGCAGCAACACGGUUAUGAGAUAUGAGCGUGUUGGGGUGGGAGGGAAACAGAAACAGGAAAUGUCUUACUCAGGAAAAAACAAAAUAACAUGAAAUCUGAACAGAACAGGAAGAAACUCUGGAUUACUGCAUUUCUUUCUCCAUUGUGGUAUUUUUUUUUUUUUUUUAUAAAUCAAAUGUACAUUUUUUGAUGUUGAAGGUUUUCACUCCUGUUAGAUUUGUAUUGCCUUGUUAAAUGUUCAUAUAAGUGUAGUCUGACGUGGCCGACCCCACCCUCGCUCGCUCCUCUUACAGUUCCCCCAUUGUUUUCCCUGCUGUGACGAGAGCCAGAUGGGGUUCCCGGAGGCUCUGUGAACAAGCAGCGGCCGCAUCCAUCCAUCCAUCCAUCCAUCCAUUCAUCCAUUCAUCCAUCUGUCCAUCCCUUACUUCAACACCGAGACUUUAGCAAGACGUGGCUGCUAGCAGAUUGUUUGGUUUUUAGUGUGAGUAUUUGUAUUUGUUUCUUGUAUAAGGUGAACAUAUAGCAUACAGUGCAGCUGGAACCAAUAAAUAAAAACUUACUGUUCUGAUUCA